UUGAUCGGCUUUUAUUUCCUCCCCGUAGGAUGUGUAUACGCAAUAACUGUUCCCACUGCGCGUGCGACCACUGAGACUGUGAAUUCGGGUUCCGUGGCUCCGAAAGAUCCGGAAGAAAUUCGCAAAUCUGUUGUCGACCGGGCGGUUCCCGCUGUGCAAUACAUUCAAAUGCCCCGAUAUGACACUGCCGGCUUGACCUUCUUUGCUAUUCGUCCUGUGGACACAUCGGACGAAUAUCUUUCCACUCUUCGCCUGGCCGUAUUUCCUCUGCAUCGCCGGGAUCAAAUCGUGCUCACGCAUGAUUUCAGUGUCGAUUCUAUGCUAUUCCUUCUGACUGGACCCAAGUUGGCAUCCAUUGUGGGCCACGAAUAUAUUCUGCGCUUGGAAUCUGCGUUAGAUCCCAAAUUCUACACGGACAUGGCCACUCAGGAUUUGACCGUCCAAUUGCGCCCCGGAGUAAACGAGCAUUUCCAGUUCUCAUUCCAUCCAAAAAUGCGUUCUGUCUAUCCGGAAUCAGUGAGUGCUUGUUUGCCCCCCUGA